GUUUUUUUUUUCUAGGGUUCAGAUCACAGCCCUGAUGUCUUCUCCGGCGAUCAUCUCCUUCGAGGAUCACUUGACCCAGAAGCCAAAUGAUGUCGAACGGCAAGGAUUUAGGGUUUUUCCGAGCGAAAAUUUUAGGGUUUAUCCCGGAGAAAAUCCGAACCCUAAUCACAAUUUCUUGGUGAAGCAAGCGAUUCUGCAGAGCGAGAAAUCCGUGGGUCCCAUCUUCUCCUCCCGUCGAUCGUCAUCGGCGAAAGACGAAAGUUUCAGAUUAGUGUUACCGCCGGCGAUGCCUCCGCCGCGAGACUCCGCCGUGCCUCUUCCCAUCCUCCCGGAGUCGAUGAGGCCCAGAAAGAAACUGACCCACCACGAAUCGAUGGUUUCCCUGAGAAAAUCUCGAUACUCCGAGAAAAUCCUCUACGAGGAGGAAAAUUUCAAAUGCAGCCCAUUUUGCGUGACCCUUCCAGGAUUCGGAAAACAUAAGCUGGUGAAAUCAUCGAAACGGGAGGAUUCGAUGGAGAAGAAGAUGAUCAGAGCUUCAUCGUUCACGAACUCCACCACGAUCUCGAACCGUGCUUCAAUGGAGAAGUUCGAGUGCGGGUCGUGGGCUUCGACGACAGCUCUGGUAGUCGACCACGGCAGAUUCUUCGAUCUCCCAGUAGAGAUGACCAAAUCAGGAGGAGAUGUGCAGAAUCCAGUAACUUCCGGGUUCCUGUUCGAGAGAGAAUCGACAGAUCAUCAGGUUCUGAGAGGCGUUCUUAAGACAAGCGGUUCUCUGUCCCGACAUCCUCGGAGGUCUCCGGAGACGCCGGAGACUUCGCCGCCUCGCCGCGUCCGGUUCUCGACGUCGGUUUCGUGUCCGACUUCGCCUCGUUCGUGCAUUACUCCGAGGCUUCGUAAGGCAAGGGACGACUUCAACGCGUUCUUGGCCGCAGCUCAAAACGUCUGAAGAAAACCAAGAAUCUAUACAUACAUACACAUAUAUGUAUGUGUGUGUGUAUGCAUGUUGUGUAAAUAGAUACGGAAGGACGGCGUUUGUUGUUCGUAGAGUUGAGUUUAUGAAGGAAUGAAAUAAUUUCAGGAUUUGUUAGAUAUGAUCUUGUUAACCGGCCGGUUCGGUUAAGUCUCGGUUCGUGUCUGGUUAAGUUUUACGGUUUAGCAUUUGGAUAAGUCACAUUUAGCAGUCUUUCAUAUUUUUUUUCUAAUUUUCAUUGGUAUGUUGAACGACUAUGCUUGUAUUUAUUUUUGCAUUUGUA